AAAUAGAACAGACCCUGUAUCCAUGCACCGGGCGUCAUAAACACAACACCCUUCCAGUAUCAAGUACGGUAACUAUGACAACAGUUCACACUGUCGUCGUCUCGAGACUCUCUUCUGAAAGUCCUUACUCUGGGUAGAGGAGCCUGUUCGUAUACAACAGUCUUAUUGCGAUCAGUUUCAGCUUUUGCCACUAAAGAUGUCGUGGUUACUCAAACGUCGGCGUGUGGAGCCAAAGACGUCAUCGGAAAAACGCCAUUCGGUAGCGUCAUCCAACACGUCCUUGACCCCUUCACAACUUGACCUUGCCAUUCGUGACCUACUCAAGCUGAACCCCCCAAGGAACAGAUGUGAAGAGUUUUGUAGAGGCAACCCAAUUACCUCUUCCGGGAAGCGGAAACAGCUGGUCAAGAUGGUGUCCAUAGUGAUGAUCCCCGUGGCCGUCCUGACAGGCCUGACCGCCAAUACCUUCUUCGCCACCUUCACCAACUACGUCCAGUCGUCUGACAUCCGGGCAACACUGCUCUACAGCGUGGAGCUCGGCAGCGUCAUACAUUACCUGCAGGAGGAGCGCGACAUGAGCGCCCUCUAUCUGAGUUCAAUCGAGGAGAAGACGAAGAGUUUGCUGCUACAGCGAUACCCCGAGACGGACCGGUCGCUGGAGAAGCUGACAUUCUGGACUACAGGACCGACGCUCACCAGGACGGAGUUCCAGUCUAAGGACAGGUUUCUCUCCUACCUCAACAGACAUCGUUAUGAGCUGGACACACUCAACCAGACGGUCACCAUGGAGCUGCAGAUGUACACCACCCUCAUCCGUGUGUUCAUCACGUGGUUGUAUGAUGCGGUAACGGAGGACCAAUCAGGAUCCAUCUGGAGGAGUCUUGUCGCCUACCAGGAAGUCAUCAUAGCGAAGGAAUACAUGGGACUUGAGCGCGCUCUGGGAACUAUUUUCUACGCAACGGGAACCUUCCCUUCCCAAGAUGUGUAUCUCUGGUUUUCUGAGAGCCAGGAUGUAACGAACGCAACCUUCCUGUCUGCAAGAAGAUACUCGGAUUUGGUCCAUGCUCUAUAUGAUGAAAACGUGAACGGAAACGAGAUGUUAUUGGGAGUUUUGGGACGGAUGAGAGCAGAGAUCAGACGGAACGACCUCGAAGGAAGAGGAUCUGUCAAGAUGGCGCAGUGGUGGUUCAACAACAUGACAAUCUACAUGGAUCUGCUGCUGGAGACUCAACAGGAGCUUGCUGUGGAAAUCACCCAGAUGCUGGACCAGAGGCAGGCUACCAACCUGCAGAAGAUGGUCGCCAUCUCUAUCGUCUUCGUCUGUGUCUUCGUCGUUUCAGCCAUUAUCAUCUACGCUGUCUACUCCCUCACCGACGAAAUCCAGAAAUACUCCAUUACGCUUGCUGAGAGAACCAAAGCUUUAAAUAAGGAGAAGAAAAGAACGGACACGUUAUUGUACCAGAUGCUACCCAAGUCGGUGGCGGACUUGCUUAAAAGCAAUGAGGAAGUGAACGCCGAGAACUACACCGAGGCCACCAUCUUCUUCUCCGACAUCCAGGGCUUCACGCAGAUCUCGGCCCGUAGCUCACCUGUACAGGUGGUGCAGAUGCUCAACGGCCUCUACUCCUGCCUCGACGACAGGAUCGCCCAGUACGACGUCUACAAAGUGGAGACAAUCGGCGAUGCCUACAUGGUGGUGUCAGGCAUACCAAAGCUUAACGGCCAGCGCCAUGCAGUUGAAAUAGGCAGCAUGGCCCUCGAUCUCCUUGGCAACAUCAACCGCCUGGAGAUACCCCAUCUUCCAGGAACCAAGUUCAAGCUGAGAAUAGGCUGCCAUACAGGUUCUGUGGUGGCGGGCGUCGUAGGGACGAAGAUGCCUCGAUAUUGUCUAUUUGGGGAAACUGUCAGCAUCGCCGCCAAAAUGGAAUCCCUGGGCAAACCGAGUCGCAUCCAUCUCAGCCAGACAACCUAUGACGCUCUACUGGGAAGAGACGGAUUCCGACUUGAGGAACGAGAAGACGACAUGGCCAGGCGAGACCGGGAGCUGCAGAUGUUCUUCAAAGGCUAUGUUCACACCUACUGGUUGCUGGGAAAGGAGGGGAUGCCGAGUCGCCUCUCCAGCAACGUCGGAAAGGCAUCGACAUCCGAGUCCAGUGCCAGCGAAGAAAGGAUGCACCUCGAUGGUAAAGAACAUGUGUGGGAGCAGCAUUGAUGCCUUGCUGCGUCUGCGUCUGCGUCACCGAGCGUCUGAACGUUGUAUGAUGUUCCAGUACGAGGAAAGGCAGUUAUAAUUAUGUAACAUGGCGCCCAAGAAUACCAUCCUCGAAUUCUUAAAUGGUUGUAUCUCUAAUCCUAUUGUGUUUGAUUAAAAUUUGCUUCUCAGUAUCACUGACAGAGAAAUGGGUAAGAGUCACAAGGCCCUUAUUGUUCUUGUGUUAUUGACAGCUUUUGAUGAUGAAAACGUUAUGAAAAUCCAACGCAGUGUGAUAAAAGUGUUCAAAUGGCUGACGACUAUCAUUUUUACCUUUAUUAUAUUUAGGCGGUGGGGGUAGCCUUGUGGUUAAAGCGUUCGGUCGUUGUGCCGAAGGCCCGAGUUCCAUUACCCUCAUUGAUACGAUGUGUGAAACCCAUUUCUGGUGUUACCCGUGGUAAUAUUGAUGGAAUAUUAUCAAAAGCGGUGUAAAACCACACUCACUCACUCUAUUAAACUGUUGCAUGAAUAAAGGUGGGUUUAUUCAACGUUUCGGAGAGUCGAAUCAAUGAACAUCUCAGUAGGCGUAAUUAAUGCACCUGUCCUCUAUUUACACAAUGAUGGUCAGGAGGCACGGGUGGCCCAGUCGUCUAAGGCGCCGCGAUUCGCUGUGCAGAGUUGCGUCCCUUGCGCAUGCUAGAAACCUAUGAUUGUGGGUUCGAAUCCCGGUUCGCCCCGAUUAUGU